GAAGCAUCUUCAAAGAUGUCUGAGUCGUCUUCAAGUCAGUAUGUGGAUCAGUUCAGCUGUCCAGUGUGUUUAGAUCCGCUGAAGGAGCCGGUGACGAUUCCCUGUGGACACAGUUACUGUAUGAGCUGUAUUACUGACUGCUGGAGCCUGAAGGAGCAGGAGCCUCUGUACCGCUGUCCCCAAUGCAGAGAGAGCUUCAGUCAGAGACCUCUACUGAAGAAGAACACUUUGAUAGCUGAGAUGAUGGAGACGCUGCAGAAGACGGCCCUACAGACGCCUGCUGCUGCUGCUGCUGUGAACUGUGAUGUUUGCACUACAGAGAAGAACAGAGCUGUAAAGUCCUGUCUGCAGUGCUUGGCCUCCUUCUGCCAAACUCACCUGCAGCUUCACUAUGAGUCUCCUGUGUUUAUGAAGCACAAACUAGUGGACGCCUCCAGACACAUUCAGGAGAACAUCUGCCCCAGUCAUGGGAAACCGCUGGAGAUUUACUGUCAGGAUGAUCAUCAGUGUAUUUGUUGUCUGUGCAUGAUUGAGAGUCAUAAAAAUCACAGUGUGCUGUCUGUGGAUUCAGAAUGGACCAACAAGAAGAAAGAUUUAGAGAAGAUGACGGUGGAGCGUUUAAAGCUGAUUGAAAAUCGAGAGAAAGGUCUAUGGGAACUCAGUGAAGCUGUCAAGUGUUUUAAAAGUUCAGCUGACGAGGCGGUGGAGAAAAUGGAGAAGGUGUUCACUGAGCUCAUCUGCUCUCUGGAGAAGAAACGCUCUGAGAUUAAAGAGCAGAUCAGAGCUCAGGAGAAGACUGAGACAGAUCGAGCAGAGCAACUUCACCAACAUCUGCAUCAAGAGCUGACACAACUCAGAAAAACACAAGCAGAGAUCCACAAACUGAUCACUACUGAAGACCAGAUCCACUGUCUGAAGAGCUGUGAGUCUGUGUGUGUUUUACCCACGUUUGAAGACGUUCCCAGCUUCACUUCACACACUCAUCUGUCUUUUAAAGACCUUUCAUUCUCAGCAUUCAGAGAGGCUUUAGAGGACGCCUGUCGACAGCAAACAGACGCAAUAUACAGAGCAGUGUCGAAUGUUCACACUGUAAAGCCUUCAGAACCAAAAACAUACAAUGAUUUUUUGCAGUAUUUCUGUCAGCCUCAUCUGGACCAAAACACUGCACACAAAAAUCUCAUCCUGUCAGAAGAGAACAGGAGAAUAUCAUAUUCAGAUCUAGACCAACAUUAUCCUGAUCAUCCAGAGCGGUUUGCUGCAUACUGUAAUGUCAUGUGUAAAGAGGGUUUGACUGGCCGCUGUUACUGGGAGGUUGAGUGUAGUGGCAAAAUAUGGGUUGUAGCAGUUUGUUAUAAAGGAAUCAGUCGUAAGGGAAAUACUGGUGACACUAUACUUGGCUACAACAAGCAGUCCUGGAGAUUAAGCCGCUAUCAGAAGAAUAUCGUCUUUUUGCAUAAUGGUGAAGUAGUCUCUAUCCCUGUUUUUCACUCCUCAAGAAUAGGAGUGUAUCUGGAUCACAGAGCAGGAAUUCUGUCCUUUUACAGCAUCUCUAAAACAAUGACUCUCAUCCACAAAGUCCAGACCACCUUCACUGAACUACUAUACCCUGCGUUUGGGCUUGGAGAAUGCUCUGUCAGGAUCAUCAAGCAGAAGAGAUUUCUCAAAGACCAGAAAUAAAAGGCAAACUCGCUCCACGUUUACGCGUACUCUGUGUGUUUACGCGUUAUAAAAAUACUUGAUUCUGAUUGGCGUAUCGCCACAUUCCAAUGUACACUCACUGGCCACUUUAAUAAGUACACCUUAGUAGUACCGCGUUUAACCCCCUGCACAUGUGGCUGCACAUCUAUGAUGCCAUUCUCCCGUUCCACCACAUCCCAAAGGUGCCUCUAUUGGAUUGAGGUCUGGUGACUGUGGAGGCCAUUUGAGUACAGUGAACUCAUUGUCAUGUUCAAGAAACCAGUCUGAGAUUGUUCAAGCUUUAUGACAUGGCACGUUAUCCUGCUGGAAGUAGCCAUCAGAUUAUGAGUACACUGUGGUCAUAAAGAGAUGGACAUGGUCAGCAACAAAACUCAGGUAGGCUGUGGCGUUAACUUGAUGCUCAAUUGGUACUAAUGGACCCAAAGUGUACCAGAAAAUAUCCUGAACACCACCACCACCAGCAGCCUGAACAGUCGAUUCAUGGCAGGAUGGAUCUAUGCUUCCAUGUUGUCAAUGCCAAAUUCUGACCCGACCAUCCGAAUGUGGCAGCAGAAAUCAAGACUCAUCAGACCAGGCAACAUUUUUCCAAUCUUCUAUUGUCCAAUUUUGGUGAACCUGUGCAAAUUGUAGCCUCAGUUUCCUGUUCUUAGCUAAUAGUUGUGUCACCCGGUGUGGUCUUCUGCUGAUGUAGCCCAUCUGCCUCAAGGUUGGACGUGUUGUGUGUUCAUAGAUGCUUUUCUGCAGACCUCAGUUGUAACGAGUGCUUAUUUGAGUUACUGUUGCCUUUCUAUCAGCUGGAACCAGUCUGGCCAUUCUUCUCUGACAUCAACAAAGCAUUUAUGCCCACAGAACUGCCGCUCACUGGAUAUCUUCCCUUUUUUAGAUUAUUCUCUAUAAACCCUAGAUUGUUGUUGUGAUUGUUGUGAUGUGAUUGGUUGCAUGUGAAAAUCCCAGUAGUCAGCAGUUUCUAAAAUACUUGUUUAGUCUUGUGGAAAGUAGCUGUGUAAUAAGCAGGAUAAUGUGCACCUAGCUGGAUUGUUUCUGCAUAAAAGCCCUUCAGUCUUUCGUAAUGUGAGCUAUGCUACACAACAAGAACGUAUUAUACCAUUAAAUAAUUGCAUGUGUUUUUGAGAUUUUCUUAACAUUUUUAAUAG